UGUUUCCGGGUCUCUUAGCGCUUCCGGGUUAGGCUGCGGUAAACCAGUCUCCCGCUGUCUGGGCGACCUUGUGGCCUCAAGCGGGCAACGGCUUCGAGGAAGCAGCCGUCAUGGUGUCUUAUUGGAGGCAAGCUGGGCUCAGCUACAUCCGCUAUUCCCAGAUCUGUGCAAAGGCAGUAAGAGCAGCACUGAAACCUCAGUUUAAAAUAGAGGCAGAAAAAGCAGCAGGAGCCAAUGUAAAAAUUGUAAAACCCAAAAAGGAAUGACAGGCAAGGCCCGUUCUCUUAAAAGAAAAAUGGCAUCUCGUGGGUAUGCUUAUGGACAGCCACUUCCCAUUUUGUGAAAUCACUGUAUAUAUAUAAAUGAGCAUGCCAAUAAAUGAAACUUAAUACAAA